UCAAAUGGGCCAUACAGACGGUCCAAACUGGACUAACGAGGAACCGCCCGCCUUUGACCUUUUCCGGCCAAACCCGCGAGACGGCCGCGGCGAGUCGUAGCCCGAGAGCGACGGGCCCCUUCGCUCCUGCUCGGCGUCGCGCCACCGCCGCGCGCCUCGUCGAGUCGCCGACCGCCGAGAGUACCCUCCAUCUAGACCUCGUCCACCGGCGCUCAGGGGAAGGAGAUGGGAGUUCACGGGCUGUGGGAGCUGCUGGCUCCGGUGGGGCGGCGCGUGUCGGUGGAGACCCUUGCGGGGAAGCGGGUGGCGGUGGACGCGAGCAUCUGGAUGGUGCAGUUCAUGCGGGCGAUGCGGGACGACAGCGGGGAGAUGGUCCGCGACGCCCACCUCCUCGGGUUCCUCCGCCGCAUCUGCAAGCUCCUCUUCCUCCGCGUCCGCCCCGUCUUCGUCUUCGACGGGGCCACUCCGGCGCUCAAGCGCCGCACCCUCGCCGCCCGCCGCAGGCACCGUGAUGCCGCGCAGGCCAAGGUCCGCAAGACCGCCGAGAAGCUCUUGCUCUCCCAUCUCAAAUCGAGGAAGCUUGAAGAAUUGGCAGAACAAAUUAGGAGUGACAGGGCUAAGCAUGAUGCCAAGGGCAAACAAGUUGGGAGUAGCAGAGAUGGAGAAAAUGAAAAUAAAAAUCAAGAUCAAAACCAAAAUGGUGAUACCAACAACAGUGAGGGAACUAUUGCAUCAAUCAACCAGGAGAAAAUGGAUGAAAUGCUGGCUGCAUCACUUGCUGCAGAGGAAGAGACAGGCUUCACUGGUGAAGGGAAACACUUUACAAGUGUUCCAUUGCAAGAAGGAGCUGAAAUUGAUGAUGAUGAUGAUGAUGAUGAAGGGAUGAUCAUCCCUAUGACCACUGGCGACAUUGAUCCAGCCGUGUUGGCUUCCCUUCCUCCAUCGAUGCAGUUGGAUCUUCUUGUUCAGAUGAGGGAGAGAGUGAUGGCUGAAAACAGGCAGAAGUACCAGACAAUAAAAAAGGAACCUGCAAAAUUUUCAGAGCUUCAAAUACAGUCCUAUCUCAAAACAGUUGCUUUCCGUCGAGAGAUAGAUCAAGUUCAGAAGUGUUCUGCAGGUAAAGGUGUUGGAGGUGUCCAGACAUCGAAAAUAGCAUCAGAAGCUAACAGAGAGUUCAUUUUCUCAACAUCAUUCACUGGCGAUAAACAGAUGUUGACCCAGAGAGGUGAAAAGGAGCAGAUUGUUGAUAAUGCUCAAUCAAAAAGGGAAAUAAAUUCUGCUGUCUUCAGAUCUAACCCCACAAGUAGUUCGAGAACAACAGAGCCUUCUACCAGCAAGCAUUUGAGGAAUUUUGGGCCUGAUGUUGAGACUUAUCGUGAUGAGAGAGGACGGAUUAGAGUAAGUAGGGUCAGAGCAAUGGGAAUUCGUAUGACUCGUGAUAUUCAAAGGAACUUGGAUUUUAUCAAAGAGAAUGAGCAGGUCAAAAGUAGGGUACAUACUAAUGUACACAAAGGAUCAACUGUCAGUGAAGAGCCUCCUGAUUUUCCGGAGCAUCUUUUUGAAAGUAAUAAGCUCCAGAGUUCUCUUAGUCUUGAUGAAGAUUUUUUAGAAACUGCCGAAGACAACCAUCAGACCUCAUCACUAGUAAGAGGAUCGAAUAACAUUUCUGAGAGCUCCUGUUAUGGAAACAAGGAAACAAUGGAGAUAUCUUUCAUGGAUGAUCAAACUGAAGUGAAGGACAACUAUGAUGAUAUAUUUUUGCAUUUAGCAUCUGGAACGGCAUCUGAUUUAUUUGCUGACAAUGAUUGUUUGGCUAAAAAUAUGGAAGAACCUGAAGGUUCUGAGUGUAUUUGGGAGGAAGGUGUAAUUGAAGGAGAAACACUUCCCAUCAAACUUGAUGAGAAGGGUAAUAAUUCUGCGCCAGAGAAUUGCAGCGAUGAUGAGGUGGAAUGGGAGGAAGGCGACAGUCUUGUACCUGGAGUUGCUUCCAGUAGUGAACAUAAUACAUAUAAUGUACUGAAAGGGGAUCUGGAAGAAGAAGCACUUCUACAAGAAGCAAUAAGGAGGAGUUUAGAGGAUUUCGACAAGCAGGCAUCUGAGAAUGUGAGCACUGAAGAUAUGCAAGCAUCCGUUGAAGAUAGACCUUUGCAAUUCUCUGAUGAUGUUCCUAAAAUAUCUGAAGCUCCUGUUGAAACUAGCUCACAUUCCGGAGCAGCACUUGUGAAAGAGACAAAUGAAAAAUCAAGAACAGAAAUCAAUUCUGAUGAGAAUGAUAUGAUACAUGGUACUGGACAAAUUGGAAUUUAUAGACAAAAAAAUGAAAUCCAACCUCAACUGGUGAAUAAUGAUGGGCAGGUUGACAUGCACAGAGCUCAUCUGCUGGAGCCCCUUCCGCUUUGUUCGACAUCCACUAGUAAUCUGGCAGAAAAAACAUCUGACAGCUCAAAAGCUAACUGCGACAAUGUGAUGAUAUCUAGAACUGAAAUUCCUGAAAUGCAUGUAGAUGACCGUGAUAAAAAUAUGGACCAAAACAGUAUGAAUCCUAAUCAAACAAAAUGCAGCCAAGAUGUUGCCAUCAUUGGAGAAACCUUGAAGUCACCCCAAAAGGAUCUUUUGGUUGAUGAACCAGUAGCUGACACCACUGAACCAAAAGAAAAUGAUACUGAGGGAGAUCUGAUGGUUUCAACUUCUGAGAUAAAUUAUACUCAAGUUGGUGACAAUGAUGACAACCAUGGCAUAUCAGCAACUUAUCUUGAUGAGGAAUUAUCUCGUCUUAGACAAGAACAGGUAGAUCUUGGCCAUGAAAGACGAAAACUUGAAAGUCAUGCAGAGUCUGUAAGCAGUGAGAUGUUUACUGAAUGCCAGGAGUUGCUCCAAAUGUUUGGCCUGCCAUAUAUUAUUGCACCAAUGGAAGCUGAAGCUCAAUGUGCAUACAUGGAAAUGAGUAAACUCGUUGAUGGAGUCGUCACUGAUGAUUCAGAUGUCUUUCUGUUUGGAGCAAGGAAUGUUUACAAGAACAUAUUUGAUGAUAGGAAGUAUGUGGAAACAUAUUUUAUGAAGGACAUUGAGUCUGAGCUUGGGCUAACAAGACAACAAUUGAUUCGAAUGGCUCUGCUUCUUGGGAGUGACUACACUGAAGGAGUUAGUGGUAUUGGCAUUGUGAAUGCUAUUGAAGUUGUACAUGCGUUUCCUGAGGAAGAUGGACUGCAGAAAUUUAAAGAAUGGAUUGAGUCACCAGAUCCUUCGAUAUUUGGUCAACUGCAUAUGGAAACAAGUAGUAAGUCGAAGAAAAGGAAACCUGGUGGAAAUUAUUCAGAUGGAAAGGGGAAAGGCCUGGAACCUGAAUGCGAUCAAGGUUCUGAUGAUUUAUCUGCUAAUGAGACUGAACGGAUCAAGAAAAUAUUUAUGAGUAAGCAUAGAAACGUGAGCAAGAACUGGCAUAUCCCUGCAGCUUUUCCUAGUGAGUCAGUCAUAAGUGCAUAUAUUACCCCACAAGUUGAUAAUUCGACAGAGCCUUUUUCAUGGGGAAGACCAGAUUUGGGCCUACUUCGCAAGUUGUGUUGGGAAAGGUUUGGGUGGGGCAAGGAGAAAGCUGAUGAACUGCUUCUUCCUGUUUUGAGAGAGUAUAAUAAGCACGAGACUCAGUUACGCAUGGAGGCAUUCUAUUCAUUCAACGAGAGAUUUGCAAAGAUUCGCAGCAAAAGAAUUAAGAAAGCUAUCAAGGGCAUUACAGGUAAAAGCUUUCCUGACACAGAUGAAACAGAGCAGGAUAAUCCUAGUGCUAGUAAGACUACUAAGAAGAAAGAUGCAAGCUCAUCUAGCCAUGCUAGAGGUAGAGGUAGAGGAAAAAUGAGAAGUUCUGAAAUCAGGAAUAUGGAGAGUCCAGAAGAUAAGGAAACCAGCGAUCCUAAUAGCUUUGCUGAUGUGGUCGAGCUUACUAAAGAAAGUAACAACACAAACAAGAGCAAAAAAGGAAGGCCCCCUGGUUGUUCCAAAGGAAGAGGACGAAGCAGGAAGAAUGCUGGACAUGGUGCAACAGGAAGUCAGGUGGAUUCUGACACGAAAUACUCUUCUUCAGCUUCAGAUGAAGAUUCGCAUAAGACACAUGCAGGCAAUUACAAAUCAGAAGGAAUUGCACCAAGAAGGUCAAGUAGGAAGCGGAAACAAGUGAGUUACAUGGAAGAUGGUGAUGAAGCAGAUGGCAAUGAUGUCCCCGUGCAUCAAAACAGUGAAAAUGACCCAGGCGAAGCUGCUGCAAACACAGACAUAGUUGGACAAGACACAGAACUUAAUCCGGUCCAUCAGGAUGCGAGUGAACUGAACAGCAAUCAGAUGCAGACAGAUACUGGCACAGCUGAAGAUAUCAGUGGAGAUUCACAGGGCUUUGAGUUACGUGAGGACCAUCAGGCGGAUUCGGCACCGAAAGACUACCUCUUCACUGGAGGUGGUUUCUGUAUGGAGGAUGGUGACGAACAAGAACCAGCUGGUGAUCGAUGUGGUGCAGAAAUGGAGGAGCCAGGAACUAGUGAUCCCAGUGACCUUAUCAUUGGGGUUUCAGACAGUGGCAAGAGUGCGAGUCUGUCGACGGCCGGAGAGUGUACCGAGAAUGCAGGCAUGGAGGCACGAGGUGCAUCGUCGUCGGAGCAGAGACGUAAUGCAAGCCGUGGUCUGAGCGCCAUGCCAACGCUUACCAAGCGUAGGAGAAAGUCAUGACAUGUUUGCAGCGCGUGUAGGACGCUUUGCACAACCCUUACGUCCUCUGUUUCGUUCUAGGGCUUAUGAUUCACAUUUCGUAGAUCAGUUCUCAUACUUCUCACGCCGAUUUUGUGUAUAUCACUUUGCAGAUGAUGUCGUAAGACUAUUUCCACAUCCUCAUCUGGGUCCGUGAACUCUAAAAGUGGUGAUCUGGGUUAUUAAACUUUUUAUGUGGUUCAUUCCAUACGUGAGUUCAUUUUCAUGAUGGGACCUCAAGUGAACUUAUAAUGAACCACUUGAAAAAUUGAAUGACCCGGAUGACUUUAAAAGUUCAUGGAUCUAGAUGAGGAUUAUGCGAGAAUAGUUUGAGGGGCUAUGGUGUAUUUGACUCAAAAUUAUUUAUCACAAGCUACGACUUCUCACAAAGGCA